CCUUUAUUAAACACCACAACCCCUCCUCCCUUUCCCUUCUCAUUUCCAUUUCUUUCUCUAAUUUCACGCACUCAGAGAGACGGAGGAUCUUCUACGCGGACCAGAAAGACUUGAGUAAUUGUUUGGUAUAGCAAAGAUGUCACCAGCUGAUUCUUCUCGCGAGGAGAAUGUCUACAUGGCCAAACUGGCCGAGCAGGCUGAACGUUAUGAGGAAAUGGUUGAGUUCAUGGAGAAAGUUGCAAAGACAGUGGAUGUUGAGGAGUUAUCUGUGGAGGAAAGGAACCUCCUCUCUGUGGCUUACAAGAAUGUGAUUGGGGCCAGGAGGGCUUCAUGGAGGAUCAUCUCUUCCAUUGAGCAGAAGGAGGAGAGUAGGGGAAAUGAGGAUCAUGUUGCAGUCAUCAAGGAGUACAGAGGCAAGAUUGAGUCCGAGCUGAGCAAGAUCUGUGAUGGCAUUUUGAGCCUUCUUGAGUCGCAUCUCAUCCCAUCAGCCUCAUCUGCUGAGUCGAAGGUGUUUUAUCUUAAGAUGAAGGGUGAUUACCACAGGUACCUGGCUGAAUUUAAGACUGGAUCUGAAAGGAAGGAAGCUGCUGAGAGCACCUUGUUGGCUUACAAGUCUGCUCAGGAUAUUGCUCUGGCUGAACUUGCUCCUACUCACCCAAUAAGGCUCGGUCUUGCACUUAACUUCUCUGUAUUCUACUAUGAAAUCCUUAACUCACCUGACCGUGCUUGCAAUCUUGCAAAACAGGCUUUCGACGAGGCUAUAUCCGAGCUGGAUACAUUGGGUGAGGAGUCAUACAAGGACAGUACAUUGAUCAUGCAGCUUCUUCGAGACAAUCUGACUUUGUGGACUUCUGACAUAACGGAUGAUGCUGGGGAUGAGAUUAAGGAAGCAUCUAAGCGUGAGUCAGCCGAGGGGCAGCAGCCGCCGUCGCAGUGAUAAAUUCGUAGGAUGUGUACUUUGUAUUUUUAAUCUUGAGACCUUUACAUAGAUGGCAUGUGGGUUGUUGUAGCAGGAUUUCAUAAUGAACUGGUGAUCUUGAGUGCUUACAUCUGCACUUGGGGUUGAAUUGUUCCGAAAGAUAUGAAUGUGCUUUUAUUAUUGAUGGGAAGAAUGUGGUUUGGCGUUUGA